ACAUUAUAUAUCGUACUUAGUGAUGAUCCUAUAAUUACUUUAUCGAUUUUUGUAAAGCUUUUGAUUUUGUUUGAAACACUGUUAAAAAGUGACAUUCAUGGAAAAUUUAUAAAUGUACUUGAAGAUAUGCAUUCAAAAUGUCUAUUCCGUGUUGAAACAUCGUUUGGUAUGAUUGAAUUGUUUAAUUGUAUAUGCUAA